ACAUGUCGCGAAGCACGGCUGUCAGCAUCAACUUGGAUGACGUCUUUGGCAACCUUCCAGCGUUGACAUCUGCCACCAACGUGAAAUCUUCCGAGUCUGGAAAUAGAAGCCGCAAGACAACUGCUUCGAGUGUAUCCACUGUGAGAGAGGUUCCGAUUGGAAACGGAAUCCGAUCACAUGCGACAUCAACUGUGGUGUCCCAUCCACCACAUGCAGUAUCUGCACCUCCACCACCACCAGUCAAUGUCACCCCAAUUUCGCAUUACUACGAUGCAACUCCAGUGAAUGACGAUUUGAUGAACUCGGUCUUUUCCGCUGUGACACUGCCAACUGUCAACUUGCACGGAGGACAUGACGAUGCUCUCCGUCAUCUCGACGAAGCUUUGUAUGGUGAGGAUCACGAGUCCAUCGUCAGUGAGCCACCAUUUCAAGCUCCAAGCCAUGUGAGCUCGUCACAUGUUACAUCUCAUGUUAGCUCGCACAGAAAUCAGUAUGCAAGCGAACAUCACCCACAAAACGCAAGCGUAGUGUCAAACGGAUCUGCCAAGCACUACGACGCCUACGGAUCUGAGCCGCAGCCGGAUUAUGAAGACGAGAGAAGUGACCACUUCAAUCUGAAUCAUCAAUAUCCAAUCAGAACGGCACAACCACACCGUGAUCGUUCCAACACCAUCGAUAGCUCCGCAUCGUUUGCUGAAAGCCGUUUCGGACAAUUCGAUGUUCACGAUGAGCAUGACCGUUACCAUGGUGAAGAAAUCAACCUUCAUCAUGACGAAGUGGCAUAUGAACGCCCACGUUCUGAGCUCAGCUCACCAGGAAGUGUGUACUCUUCCCAUACCCAAGCUUCGUUCCACACUGGUGGAACCCAGAAGCUGAGAAAUCUUCAACGCCAAGUUGAAGAUGCUCACGCGAAAAAAGCUCAGCUCUCUCAUCAAGUUGACCGUCAACGCGCUGACAAUGACCGCAUGACUCAUGCUAAUUUGGCUCGUGAAGCUUCAUUGAAGGUCAACAAAAUUGGACAAGGUGCGAAGCCACAAGGCUACCACGUUCGCUCGUACAGCCAUGAGCACGAUCAUCAUCAUUUGCCGCCACAGCCGAAAUCCAGCCAUUCUUCAAAGAGCGUGGACUCAAGCAUCUACGAAGAGGAGGAAGCUCGUGUCAGCCCACUAGCUGCUAAACAAAAGGCAGCAGGAGAACAUAUUGCAAGCAGCGGAAAAUACGAGCUCGUUGUUCCACAAUACUAUGUUGUUGAAAACUUCUCCAAGAAUGACAAGAUCAACAAGGUUAUCAUUGGAGGAGAUGCUCCACCAAGUGACGAUGACAAGACUCUGCUCCUGUUCGGUCCAGUUAAUUCUGGAAAGACUUCUGCUAUUACCAGCAUGAUGAACUAUUUGUAUGAUGUUAAGAAGGAGAAUGAUUUCCGAUUUGUUUUGGACGAGCAUGUGAACGCAACCACUGGACUCACCGCCUACGUUUUCAACAACACUGUUCUUCCUUAUAACGUCACUGUUGUUGACACACCCGGGGUUGAGGACAAAAUGGGCAACAAGACGGUCUCGCGACUUAUCAAGCAGUGGUUUGAGAAGGAGCUUCUCAAAUCUGGAUCCUUCCGUCUUGAUGCAAUCUCAAUUGUUUUGAGACACGACGAGAAUCAACUGGGAUGGCCGUUCAUUUAUGAGUUGGCUGAUGUUAAGAGAAUGUUCGGAGACGAUUUGAAAACAAACGUUCUGCCGAUUAUCACCAACUCUGAAGUUCUCCCACAGCCAAUUGCCAUCAAAAGUCUCACACAGGCCAACAUUUCUUUCCUUGAAUACUACAAAGUUAACAACUCGGGAUUCGCACCACUCCCAACAGGAAUUUCCAAACUUCAACAUAAUCUCUACUGGACACACGGAACAGCUUCGUUGGAGAAUCUUUUCAGAGAUUUGCAAGAAACUGUCCACCCACUAGUUGCCAUCCUCCGACACAACAAGGGACAAAAAGUCGAACAAGCUCCAGUGUUUGCUGAUAAAGUGUUGUAUUAAAAAACAAUUUAUUAUUAUUAGUAUUAUUAUUUGUGUUUUCUGAUUCAAUGGUUUCAAUUUAAUCUCCGAUCCACUCAUUUUGUAUUUAUUGUUCGACUUAACAUUUUUAUCCAACGCGACUCGAUAAACAUUCCCUAUCAAUCGUUUUUUUUGUUUUUCAGCUUCAUUUCUUUUCGCUAAGGAACUAAUAUAAUUUUUGGCAGAAUAAUAUUGUUCAUUGAUA